AUGGCACAGGUACUCGAGUGGGCAUUGUUCGGCACGCUCGUCGCGGCCAACCUCGCACUCGGCUUGUACUUCUCCCUGCGGAAUGCUCCUUCUCGAGCCAACACCGGUGCGACGAAGGUGGAAGUGUUCCUCGGAAGCCGUGCACUGCGGUACCUACCGCUGGCUGCUUCGUCGGUCGCCUCUCUCUUCUCGUCGACGGGACUCAUCGCCUUUCCGGCCCACUUCUACGCGUACGGCUGGCACGUGCUGUGGCUGAGCUUCACGCCCCUCCUGCUGUUUCCGGUAGCAACGCGCCUUUUCGUGCCCCUGCUCUACAAGCUUGGUGUCACGUCCAUAUUUGAGUACCUGCGCCUUCGUUUCAACGCCGGCAUUUCUUUGACAGCAUGUGCGAUCUACAUUAUUCUCACGCAAAGCAUAGGGGCCAUCUCUAUUUUUGCUGCAUCACUGACUCUUGUGACAGAGAGUGAAAAUCUUUUUCAAAUCACGUGCUUUUCGGCCAAACGGGCUAUGCUCAUCAAUGGAAACUGA